AUGGGAAACACCGUUCCGUAUAACUGCUACGAGCGGUGGGGGAAGAGGACCCCGGAUGGGCCCCUCUUGAACUACGAUCCGCAGACACCAAACAACGGAUCGCUAGCAACCCUGCUCGAAAACUUUAACUACGAAUCGGCGGAAGAGACAUACAACGGAAGUGCCAAAAAGGGUCACACACCAAGCCAAGUUUACCAGGGGGGGGGAACCCCCAACAGCAGCGUCAACACGAAUAAUAGAAGCUACAACAAUAGCGCGAACAUUAACAGUAAUGCAAGCUAUAACAGUAACGCGAACUAUAACAGUAGCGCGAACUAUAACAACACAAAUCACAUAACCCCCAAGGUGGUUAGAAAUGCGAGGAGGAGACCCACGUAUUCACCAACGGCGAGGAAAAUAAACCUGGAAACGGAAGAAGAGGAAGAGGAGGAUAAAUUAUCAACAGACAAUUCAGAUGAGCACAUUUCAGCCAAAGAUAUAAAAGAGGAAAAAAUAAAACAGUACAGAAAAACGUUAACAAAAGUUGUAAAAAUAAAGACAGCCAUUUUUCAUGAAACUGUUAAAGUUACUUGCUCAAAGGAUGGAAAGAUGUUGGAGUGGUACAAGGGAAAGGCAGAAGGGGACGGGAAGAAAAAACCAAUUGGAUCAUUUUCUCUAAAUAAAAUAACUUCAGUACGAACCAAAGUAGACAACCUCAAGUCGCUAGAAAUAGCAGUGAGUAGCGUUAAUAUAAGUACCUAUUUGUUUAUUUUCAAAACGAGAGAAGAGAGGGAAAGCUGGCAGAACAACUUAGAGUCGUUUAGGAAAAUUAUGAGCAUGAAGUAG